AUGGACCGCGACGGCCCCGCAGGCAGCCCCCUGAUCGCUAGGAACGAGACCGCGCCCGCGGUUGCAGCCACCCGCGACUCGAGCCCGGGCCGGGCAGGGGCAGGACCGGCGGGCCCCGGCGGCGGUGCGCGCCUGGGGGGCGGGCGGCCGGCAGCAGCGAACGCUGCGCGGGAGCGAAGCCGCGUGCAGACUCUGCGGCACGCCUUCCUAGAGCUGCAGCGCACGCUGCCGUCGGUGCCGCCGGACACCAAGCUGUCCAAGCUGGACGUGCUGCUGCUGGCCACUACCUACAUUGCCCACCUCACCCGCAGCUUGCAGGACGACGCCGAGGCGCCGGCAGACCCCGGGCUGGGCGCCCUGCGCGGCGACGGCUACCUACACCCUGUCAAGAAAUGGCCCAUGCGAUCAAGAUUAUACAUUGGUGCUACUGGUCAGUUUCUGAAGCAUUCUGUGUCUGGAGAAAGAGCAAAUCAUGGCAGUACUACAACAGACUCACAGCCUUAG